AAACACAUCCUUUCUUCAGCCGGAAAAAAUCAAUACGUUGUCGGGAAAACACCAUGCAGUUGUGAUGAAGCACCGUAAUGAAGCUGUGUAGCGGUGGUUUGGUUUUGAUGUUUUGAUGAAACAACACACAAAAAAACAACAACCACCUAGCAUAGCAACGAACCAUUGUGCGGAUGAGAAGAGCAGAACAACAUAGUACCCGUCUUCUUAAGUUUUUUUUUCAAAUUUCGGCAAGGCCGUGCAAACGCGGUACAGCGCGCGAGCGAGUGUGAGCCCUUUCCUUCUCGAUUCGUGUGUUAGUGCGCGUGCGUGCGUGAGUGCGUACCGUGUGCUCGCGCGCGCGUUCCGCGAGUGUGUGUUGUUUUUUCGGUGCUGCUGCGCCGUGCGUGUGUGGCGCCAUUCCGACGUGCGAUUGUGCGCGCCUGUGUAUGUGUGUGUGGUGUUGCAGUUUGUGUUUUUUUGUUUGUUUGUUGGGGGAGACAAACGAAAGAUAACACACAAAAGGCUAGGAGUUAAAGAAAAGGUGUAUGCGCGCGCGUUUCCCUGCUGAUGCUGCCGUAGUGCUUUGCGAGUGCUGGCGUUAUCGCGAGGCCGCUGAUUGUGUGAUUGUGUCUGUAGCGAGGUUGUGUGUGUGGGUGUGUGUGUGUGCACAAGCACACACACGUGUGCUGUGCGUUAAAAGGGGGUAUAGUGCGUGAAUGCACCUUUACAUGCUGAUACUACACUCAGCCGGGGAAAGAAGGAAUUGUGGUCCCCCCGUACAUUGAAUGAAAAGUGAAAAGAAAGAAAAUUCAUCUUUACUAAACACGGUGUGUUUACCAGCGGGAGCUCCCAUCCUUUUGAUUUGUUAAGAAUCAGUGCCAAGGAUUCCGAGUUCGGAGGAUAUUGGAGCCGUGUGGGUGUUUGCCGCAUGGAAGAAAACCUUCUCAAGAAUCGGGAAAACUUGAAUAUCCAUUUAUUCCCAUCCGUGCACACGGUAAUUUCUUCAAGAGAAACAAUAACAAAAGAUCGUUAAAUAUCCGUUAAAAAAAAUCACUAUUGAUCGCUAUUGCAAACCGUAGCAUUGGGAGCAUUGACAAACCCACGCAAACCACGGUACGGGCGUAUCGUUGGGUGAAGCACUACCAACCAUCGGGUAGUGCCAACGUAGCCAGCGUACAAACUCUCUGCUUCGCCUUCCUUUAAACAAAAAACGGCUCGUGAAUGAUGUCCGUGCAGCAGUACUGUCUACGGUGGAACAACCAUCAGCCGAACUUCAUCUCGGUCUUCUCGACGCUGCUGCACAAUGAGAGCCUGGUCGACGUUACGCUGGCCGCCGAGGGACGGCAGCUGCAGGCACACAAGGUUGUCCUGUCGGCGUGCAGUUCCUACUUUCAGUCACUUUUCACCGCCAAUCCCUGCCAACACCCAAUCGUGAUAUUGAAGGACGUGCAGUACAACGACCUGAAGACGAUGGUUGACUUCAUGUACUACGGUGAGGUGAACGUGUCGACCGAACAGCUGCCCCAGGUGCUCAAGACGGCCGAAAUGCUCAAAAUCAAGGGCCUGGCGGAGAUGCCGGAUGCGUCAGCCGUGUGUAAGGCGGACCUGAGCAAGCUCGACCCAUCCGAUCUGAUACAGGCGGCGAACGUAAUACCCGGUGCGGCUGGCGAUGCGAUAUGGGGCAGUGCCGAAUCUCAGCAGCAAGCGCAACAGCAGCAGCAGCAGCAACAACAGCAGCAACAACAACAGCAGCAGCAGGCACAACAUCACCAGCAACAAACACAACAACAGCAGUACCAACACCAACAGCAGCAACAGCAGCAGCAGCAACAGUUACAUCAACAAACCCAGCAGCUGAGACGAUCACCUUCCCCCACGACCAACAUGUCACCUGCGGCACGAAGGAAACGGUUACGGAAGACGUCAACUGGUUCCGGUUCCAUCUCGACCGACCGGUUGCAGCAUCAACAGCAGCAGGCGGCUGUGGUCGUAGCGCAGCACCAAGCGGCGGCAGUAGCUGCCGCUGCUGCUGCGGCUGCCGCUGCUCAGCAGCAGCAGCAACAACAGCAGACGGACGAACAGCACGGCCCGAGUGCGGACCCGAGCACACUAAACCUCGUGCCGCAUCUACACAUCCAGCAGCAGGUGGACAACAUAUCGUACGGUACGGCGACGGCAGGGCACGGUGCGUUAGCGCUGGGCGCGGCCGCUGUCGCUGCAGCAGCAGCAGCCGCCGCUGCCGGUAACAAUAUCCGUAUCAUUAAGGAAAGCCCCAGCUCGGACGUGGACCAGCAACAGCACGAAUCAUCGCAGGAGAGCGUCGACGAGACGGGCCAUCACAUGCCGAGCAUUAUCAAAACGGAAGACCUGAGCGGGGUCACGCAAACCAUACCGAUGGACAUUUCGACGACACCGACCGCCGUAAAUAUAACGCAAUCGCAAUCACAGCAUACCGGUGGGCAAUGGACGGUAAUCGAUACGAAUUAUUCGCGGUUUGGCAUUGCGCCGUGUCAGACGAAUUUAGGACUGCAGCAACAGCAGCAGCAACAACAGCAGCAGCAACAUCAACAGCAGCAACAACAUCAGCAGCAGGUGCAGCAACAGCAGCAACAUCAUCAGCAAACGAAUCAACAGCAGCAACAGCAUCAGGGUGAUAGUCAAGGCUUAAGUAGUGGCGGCAACGGUGCAAACAAUGCCGCCAAUGGUGGUGCACCGGGCAGUGGUACGGCUGGAUCGGCCACCGGUAACAAUGGUGGGCUCGCGAACGCAUCCACGACGAACUCGAACGCGACAACACCGCAACCGACGACACCGGUACAAAUCUAUCAGCAUCCAUUCUCGCCCCAGAUCAUAUCGGUUAACCCGAACAGUAUGGUCAACAGCUACCAAUCGUCGAACCUGUCCACGCCGACGUCACCGCAGACGGGCAGCGAUCAGACGACGGGGCUUGUGUACAGUACCGGAACGCCGAAUCAGUCACCGCUCGGCGCAACAACGGCCGGUGCGACGUCCGGCACGAAUGCGAGCGGGAAUGGCAAUACGGGCACGGGAGCCGGUGGUAAUGGUACGGCCGGAGGAAAUGGUACAACGGGCGGCGGUGGCGGUAGCGGUGGUGCUGGUGCAGGAAACGGUGCGGGAGGAGGUGCUGCUGGAACGGGUACAACCGGUGCCGGUGGUACCGUGCAACCGGUCAAGCGGAAACGAUCCGUCAAUCCACAGGGCGAUGAAAAUUUCCUGCGAGCACUCGAGGCGGUCCGGUUCGGUGGUAUCGGUUUCUGUAAAGCCGCACGACUGUACGGCGUUAACAAUCGUACGCUAUGGUUAGAGUAUAAGAAGCGUGGUUACCCGAUCAGCCGGCCCAGUAUUAAGAAUCGCAUCAAGCUGGAACCGAACAUAUCCCCGCCUCCGACGGCCACAACGCCACCCGGUGAUGAGAACGCUUCGAUGGAGCACUAUGAUACGGCACUAUCUUCCCCUGCUCUUAAUAUGUCGCUGCAGCAGCAGCAGCAGCAGCAACAGCAAGUCCAGCAACAUCAAGCGACCCAGCAACAGGUCACUUCAGCACAGCAAACGCAACAUCAACAGCAGCAAGCGCAACAGCAAGGCAACGACACAACGAAUGCCGCUGCGGCAGCUGCUGCCGCUGCCGUCGUUGCUGCCUCUUCCACUACCCCCCUCAUGUGCCCACCGCACGGACAUCCGAUGGGUGUGAUGGGUUUUCUCGAUACACGGCAUGUCGAUUUUACGACCACCGCCAAUCUGCAUCAGAUGUCCCGCCAGCGGUAUCCGGAUACGGCCACGGUUAACAUGAAUACGGGCGCAGUAAACCUCCAAGGGUUGAACUUUAACUCCAUGUAAGGGGACGGGUGGCUUCGUGUUGUGACCGUAAGCAAUGGUGGUGAUGGUGGUGGUGGAGGUGGUACUGAUCCGGCCAUUCUAUCCCUUGGUGGUGGUAGUUGUCCUACUACUACGGAGGUGACAGAAACAUAGGGUCUAAACGAGACCUGCCGCCCCAUUGAACCUCCACUGUCGUCGGUGCGCAACAAUUGAAGCCACAUAACGGAAAAGCUCUACAGUACGGUAUGAUAACAGUAUGUAGAGAAAGAUCAUCCCUUUAUCCUUUUUGUUUUGGACGAUCGCAUCCAAUGAAGCUGACGAUCUUAACAAUUGCACUUUUCCAUAUGGAGGUAAUGAGCUUUUGAACUACUGGAAGUCCGUCAAGUCCUUGGGGAUAUCGCUGUAUGUCAAUCAGAAAUUAGUUUCAAUUAAUUAAUUGUAUGCAUGAUAUGCCCAUGUUGGUAAGCAUAUCCUUUUUUUUCUCUUUCGAGAGUAUAUUUUUUGUAAAAUUAACAUUUAUUUCAAUGAGGACACCACUUCAAUUCGAAGAACUAGUGGUGUGUUCAGUUUCCAGUUCCUGUAUUCAGACGAAUCUUUAUCCGGUGCUCGGUGUGUUUGUAUGUGGGCACACAUACCAUUUCGAUUCGAAAGAUAUUUAUCUCAGUCCCCCCGUUAUCCUUCUUCUGACCUUCCAAAUUGCGUGCAAGAAAGAAUAUAUGUCUUGUAUGUGUGUAAUUAUAUGUAUGUCUGUGUGUUAGUCUUUCUUGUACGUUGUAUGUGUUUAAAGCAAGUGAUCCAUCUACAUGUAAAAUAUUAUUUAUGUUUUCAUUUAUACAUAAUGGGGCAGGGGAGAACGAGAGACUUUCGGGGUUCGACUUCGAGGGCAUGCUUGAUGCGGCUUAGAUUAAAACAAAGUGUAUAGAGGCAAACGAAGGUGGAGAAGCAGAUAACGAGUGAAAAAUAUCGAGUUUCUAAAAACAAAAAUUAUGUAUUUUAAGCAUAAAACAAAAAAAACACAACACUUUCAAAAUCCCAGCUCUCCGGAAGGGUGGAAAGAGCGGCCAGGGUGCAGAGAGAAGCAGGGAUACGGCAAACAAAUAGAUGUAAAAUCAGUAGAAGUAAAAGUAGCAAUUAUGAAGAUAAUGUAGUGAAAAAAUGAACAAAACACAUAGCCACGGUAUGAUGGAAAAAAAGAGAAUGAAGAGGUAAGAAAAAGAAAUCGUAAGAGAUAAAUGUCGAACAAAAAAAAAACAAAAGAAAGAAAACAAAAAUUGUAUAGUAAAAUAAAAUCCAAAAGCGCGAUGGUGAAUAGUAUUUUUGUUAACUCUUUUUUAGCAGUUUAUACGUGUAUAUUUGUAGGGUGUUUAAAAAAAAACACCGCACAACUUAAAGUCAGUCUUGUGCGAAAAGGUCAAGGCGAUUAGGGAAGCAGUGUAGAAGCGUAGAGUUAAGAGUGAAAUAGAAAAGCAGAAGCAAAAAGAGAGCAAAGCAAAAAUAACCUACACAAACAGUCACAGUCAUCGAUAUGCGAAAAUCAAUUAACUGUUGCAGGUGAUAAUUGAUGAUUCUUGUAACUGCAAACUACACUAGUGUAAAGCAAAUCAGUAUAACAUGGCUGAAGCGGAGACAUAUUCACUACACUUGAUCGAUAAAUCUAGUAAGGAACAGAUCACACGAAACAUCCUUCAGAAAUACUUUAAAGUAAAACGAGAAUAUGGUAAAAAGCAAGAAAACAGGUAAAAAGAAUAUCAUUCAAAAGCAUUUUGUGACGAAACAAAAAAGACAUUUACACGAGAAAAAAAACUAAUGAAAAGGUUAAUGAAAUUAUUACAGCGAAUUAAACAAAACACAAACAAACACAAUGAAAGAAGAAAUGUAAGUAAGAUAAGGUGCAGUAAACACGUGUGGAAAUUUGUAUAAAUCAACAGAUUAAACUCUCGCUAAGUUUAUUGUAAUAUAAACGGGGAAAAAAGCACAGUUGAAGGAAACGGAAUAGUUGAAUGUGGAUAGAAGCACUUUACGCGUUGGUGGACGAAAGUGCAUAGUCAAGAAAAGCGGCAAGAAAGUGGAGGAAAGCGCUUCAAACAAAACGAAGCAAACGGAACAAACAAUCCUAAUUUAAAUUGAAUUCGUUGUAUUGGAAGAAGCAAUUCACAACAUGUGACAAAAGCAAAAGCAUAUAAGAAGAAAAGGAAUAAAGGGAAAUUGUUUGUUUGUAACAACAGACAUUAGAGCAAAUGUCGACAGUCAUCGGUAAGAAAAAAGUUAAAUAAGUAAGCAAAAAUGCCAUUCUCGUAUCAGUUUGUUUAAGAAACACAUGUACACAAACAUAAAAACAUAAGAAAGUAAUACACAAACAAACAUACCAGAAAACAAUCCAAGAAAAAAAGAAAGUGGAAGAAAGAAAGAGGAAAAGCAGAAAAGUACAGGACAAAAUGAAUCGAUUAAAGUGAACAAACACACACACACACGUACGCGUUCUGUGAAAAAUAAGUAUUUACUUAUGUGAGUAAUUUAAAUAAAUUGAAGCAAACUGAAUUAUUGCGUUGUCGUAUAUGUUUUUGCAUAUGUUUCGCUGUUACAAUUAUUGUU